CUCCUAUCCUCACAACGCUUUGGCUUGUAUUGUGGGGAACAUGGCAGAUAGAGAUUAGAAACGGGGCGGCUGCUGGGGCUUCGGUUGCUCCUACCUCCCGCGCCACUUGUUGGCUGCCCUUCGGUGCCCUUGCAUUGGAGACGGCCGGGAUGCAGUAGGGCGUUUGCAAAGGACCUGGAACCUUUAGAAAACCGAGCGAUCGGGUUGAUCGGGAUUUUUUUUUUUUAAAAAAAUAAUAUCGCCGGAUUCCUUGAAUGCCCGCGCGUGUGCGCAGCGCAGGCAAGCACGGGGAGCUCAGGGCCGUGCGCGCUUGGGAUGACCCGGCCAUGGAGGGGCAGCGGCAGCGAGCCGGGCGGGCAAGCCGCUUGCUGAUGAAGACGCGCUGGACGCGCGGCAGGGGCCCGCGGCCGGGAGCAGAGCCAGCCACUGCUGCAGGGAUCGGGUGCCGCUGGCUCCCUGCGGCGGCAGCAACAGCAGCAGCAGCAGCAGUUCCCAGUUGGGACUGGGCGCCCUUCGCGUAGCAACCCCGCAUUGCUCGUAAUCUUUGCGGCUCCGCGCGAAAGGGCCGACGCGGAGGAAAGGAAGGCGCGUCGGGCAUCCAGAUCGCAGCGAGGAGGAGGAGGAGGAAGACGAGAGGGGAAAAAAAGGUGAGGGUGGAGGGAAGCAGACAGAAGCAGCCGCAGCAGCAGCAACCAUGCUGCCCGGGGUGGGCGUGUUCGGCACCAGCCUGACCGCCCGGGUCAUCAUCCCGCUUCUAAAGGACGAGGGCUUCGCGGUCAAGGCGCUCUGGGGCCGCACUCAGGAAGAGGCAGAAGAGCUGGCCAAGGAGAUGAGCGUCCCCUUCUACACCAGCCGGAUAGACGAGGUGCUGCUGCAUCAGGAUGUGGAUUUGGUCUGCAUCAACCUGCCGCCUCCCCUCACCAGGCAGAUCGCGGUGAAAACUCUGGGGAUUGGGAAGAAUGUCAUUUGUGAUAGAACAGCCACUCCGCUGGAUGCCUUUCGGAUGAUGACAGCUGCCCACUAUUAUCCCAAGCUUAUGAGCAUCAUGGGCAAUGUUCUCCGUUUCCUGCCUGCCUUUGUGAAGAUGAAGCAGCUGAUCCAAGAGGGCUAUGUGGGAGAACUGCUUGUGUGUGAGGUACAGGUUCACAGUGGGAGCCUGUUGGGGAAGAAAUAUAAUUGGAGCUGUGAUGAUCUGAUGGGAGGUGGAGGGUUGCAUUCUGUUGGUACCUACAUCAUUGAUCUCCUGACUUUCCUCACCAGUCAGAAAGCAGUGAAAGUUCAUGGACUUCUUAAGACCUUUGUGAAACAGACUGACCACAUUAAGGGAAUACGGCAAAUUACGAGUGACGACUUCUGUACAUUUCAAAUGGUCUUAGAAGGUGGGGUGUGUUGCACUGUUACCCUUAAUUUCAACAUGCCGGGAGAAUUUAAACAAGAUAUUGUUGUGAUUGGAUCAAGCGGGCGGCUAAUUGCAGUCGGCACUGAUUUGUAUGGACAAAGCAAUAACUCUCCACAGAAAGAGCUCCUCUUGAAGGAUUCUGCCCCAGUCAGCAAUGCCUUGUUACCCGAGAAGGCCUUCAGUGACAUCCCAUCUCCAUACCUCCGGGGCACCAUAAAGAUGGUACAAGCAGUCAGGGAGGCAUUUGAAGAUCAAGAUGACAGACGAACCUGGGAUGGCCGGCCACUCACAAUGGCUGCAACUUUUGAUGAUUGUCUCUAUGCUUUGUGUGUGGUGGACACCAUUAAGAGAUCCAACCAGCUGGGUGAAUGGCAGAACAUUGUGAUUAUGACUGAAGAACCAGAACUGAGUCCUGCUUACUUGAUCAGUGAGGCCAUGAGGCGGAGCAGGAUGUCUCUGUACUGCUAGAUUUUUGUCUUGACUUGGGGGAAAAAAGGAAGUGACUCGAAUCAGUUUUUCCCUGACAGAAAUACGACUACACAUCUCAGGCCUGGAAAAGGGAAACAGUUUAAGGAAACAAUAUUUGUUGCUAAAGCGACAUUGCCUAGUUGGUGCUCAAAUUGUAGAUGCAUUUGAAAUGCCCUCGUAGCAUAUAAUAGUUGCAGAUCCUUAUGAAGGAAAAAUGUGUGUUAGCUUUUUACCAAAUAAUAAGAAGGUAAAAUAUAAUCAGUUUGCAAUCUGUUGGGGUAUGACUGAUUCAAUUGUAUUUACUGUUUUUAAAAAAAAUGGUUCAGGAAGGUCCAGUUGGGCAUUACAGAAAAAAACAAAACAAAAACCAGGCCAUAAAAGAUGCUUGAAUCAGAAGCCUAUGUAGAUUGCACAGACGUACCCAUACCUUCUAAGAGCUCCACUGAUAAAAGCAUGCUGCUUGGUUCUUAGUUGGUUAAAAAACCCAUUGCAUUAGUUAAAUGAUACAUAAGAACAUUUGGCAUGAAUAUGUUAUCUGAUGUCAAAAGAAUUUGGUAGAUUGGUUUUCAUGGCUAACAUAAAUAAUGUUUUUGGAUUAUUUUUUCUUUUUCGAUGGAAUGUAACUUGAACAAAUAGGUUCCCCCCCCCCCGGCCCAAUUCAUAUUGUUCCAAAUUUAUUGUAUGUUCCACUUCAGGUUCUCCGGGCCCAUAGGCUCAGUAUGCUUUGAUUCAAAGCACAAAAUUCUAUAAAAAUAGGAUAGCUACAUAACAUUUGAUGAGCUUUGAUUCCUGGUAAAUUCCAGGGUGAUAUAUUUUGCUUUGUUUUGGAGCAAAACCAUGUAUAACUCCUAUGAUACCUUAAAAUGUUUACUUUAGCACAAAUUUUCAUGGACUGGGCCCUUUUUUUUUUGUUAGAGGCAUGAAGUAGUCUGUCUGACAAAGUGGAAUUAGUUGCAAAAUGAUAUACUGUAAUAUGUUAGUUCACAAGCAAUUACAAGGUUACUAGUUCCUAAUCUGGAAUGACAUAUUUAAGUCUCAAACUAGGGGAACAGAGGGAGAUAAUCAGCAAAACAUAGCUUUGAGCCAAAUCUCUUGUGUUUUAGGCAAAACCUACACAAAGCAAAAUGAUGCCUCCCCAGUAAGGAAAACCCCAGCUUAGAGAAAAAGUAAUUUAGCUAAAGGUGAGGUGAGAUAUGGCAACUGAUCAUUUUUGUAUGUUUGAGUUGGACAGUUUGUUCUUGUUGUGGAAGCAUAUCUGUGAUCAUAAUUGGUGUGCCUAGCAGUUUUAUUGCAAUAUGGUUUGAGUAUCUAAUCCAUAUCAUAAUGACAACAGGAGAGCCUUUUGUCCUGUUGCUCCCAAACAGUUCAUUCUCUGGGAUUUUCAUUAUGAAAACUCCCAUCACAAUGAACUGUUCAUGUUUCGUUUCUUCCACUUUGAAAAAUUCAAAUAAAUAUUGGAGGUAUUACUUGGGACUGUAGGUUUCAUAUUACUUUAUCCCUAGAACUGAAAUUAUCCUGCAGGCAUUGAUGCAUAUUUCCUUCUAGCAAAAGUUGCCAGAGCUCACUAGACUGAAAAAAGCCAUUUGAUCCAUAACUACCUACAGCCCUAGGCCAAGACCAAAACUCAGGAAUUGUCUUUGAUGGGUGAACUGAGCCAACGAUAGCCCCAAAUGGUAGGAAUUUGAUCCGAUAACCUCUCUCCCUCAUCACUUGUUGGCACUCCUAUAUAUUUUUCUCUCUCUCUCUCCUAAGUAGCAGAGUAUAGAUUAAUUGAUUUCCUGAAGAGAGAUUUUGAAAUUACGAUAACCAUGAUAGGUGUGAUCUUCGUCACAUCUCUUUACAGUAAUUUGCUUUUAGAAAAAGUCUAAUCCUGAACAAGAGUCAUCUUGUCUUUUGAUUGAUUUUACAAGUUGUGAAAGAAAAAAAGUGUAUUCUUUCAUAUAUAUAUACUUUUUAUUUUCUGCUCUGGAGUGCCAUCUGCAAACUCUCCUGGAUAAAUUUAAUCAAAAAUCUUCUUAAGAAAGUCCCCGUUUGUUUGCAAUAUCAUCAUCCCCACAAAUAUUUGCUAUUAAGAAUCCUGAGAGUUGCACUGGCUUAAAAUGACACUACCCUUUUGGUGGGAAAUGCAUGGAAUUUGGACAUUGUUUAUAAAGUCAUUAUAAAGUCCUUCGGGAGAAGGGCGGUAUACAAAUUAAAACAUUAUUAUUAUUAUUA